CAAGCCUACAUGAUCCGAUUUGGUCCUUCAGAGCUGCCGUAGCCGACAUGACGUUCCUCGUAGGAGCUGUUGUAGCUGUUUUACUGAUAUGUUUGUUGUUUAUUAUCCGCUUAUAUAUUGUUGUGAAGACUGGAUCAAACCAUAAACCUGGAACCAAAGGUCCGGUCGCUGCUCUUGUCGUUGCAGGAUCAGGUGGUCACACUACAGAGAUCCUGCGGCUGAUGGAGAGCCUGUCUGCAGCCUACACACCUCGACACUAUGUCAUCGCUGACACAGACAGGAUGAGUGAGGAAAAAAUCUGUACCUUUGAAAACUCUAAACAACACUCUGACUCCAAGUCACAGUUCACCAUCUAUCGGAUCCCGCGGAGCCGGGAGGUGCAUCAGUCAUGGAGCUCCUCUGUGCUCAGCACCCUGAGCGCCACGUGCUACUCUCUCCCUCUGGUCUUCAGACUCAGACCUGACAUGGUGCUGUGUAACGGCCCAGGGACCUGCGUUCCCCUGUGCGUGGCAGGACUCCUGCUUGGAAUUCUGGGAAUGAAGAAAGUCCUGAUAGUUUACGUUGAAAGCAUUUGCCGUGUGGAGACGCUGUCGCUCACGGGGAAGAUCCUCUACCUCAUAUCAGACUAUUUCUUUGUGCAGUGGUCCAGUCUGAGGGACAAAUACCCCAAAUCCAUUUUCCUUGGAAGAAUAGUGUGAAGACAUCCUUUAUAUGUGGGCACAAAGUACACCGAAAUAUAAUAAUCUAAUAUGUACUAAUGUUCUUGAAUAAAUGCUCUAUUUUUAUUGUU